CCCCAAAGUCUCGCGGCGGGCGUAGUUUCUUAACGCAGGCCUCAGCCAGUAAAUCAGGACGCUGUUACCUUGGCUUUCUUUCCCCGGGUGGACUUCAAAGGGGCGGAGAAGAGAGAGAUCGAGAGAGAGAGAGAGAAAAAGAAAAAAAAGAAAAAAAAAAAAAGAGCAACCGGAAGUGACGCUCUUACCUCGCGCCGGCGGUGAGAGGCUUCGAAGAUGGCGGCGCGCAAGGGUCGGAAGCGCACAUGUGAAAGCGAGCGACCCAUGGAGACCGAGUCCCACGAUGCAGGGUCCGAGCGCCCGGCCCAGGUCUACCUGCCCGGCCGGGGACCGCCGCUACGCGAAGGAGAGGAGCUGGUCAUGGACGAGGAGGCCUACGUGCUGUACCACCGAGCGCAGACUGGCGCCCCCUGUCUCAGCUUUGACAUAGUCCGUGAUCAUCUGGGAGACAAUCGGACAGAGCUUCCCCUUACACUUUACCUGUGUGCGGGGACCCAGGCGGAGAGCGCCCAGAGCAACAGAUUAAUGAUGCUUCGGAUGCACAACCUGCAUGGGACGAAGGCCCCAGCAUCAGAGGACAGCGAUGAAGAGGAGGAGGAAGAUGACGAGGAUGAAGAAGAUCGGAAGCCUCAGCUGGAGUUGGCCAUGGUGCCCCACUAUGGUGGCAUCAACCGAGUUCGGGUGUCGUGGCUGGGUGAGGAGCCCGUGGCUGGGGUAUGGUCAGAGAAGGGCCAGGUGGAGGUGUUUGCACUGCGGCGGCUUCUGCAGGUGGUGGAUGAUGCCCAGGCCCUGGCGGCCUUCCUCAAGGAUGAGCAGGCCCGCGUGAAGCCCAUCUUUGCCUUCGCCGGCCACAUGGGCGAGGGCUUUGCUCUCGACUGGUCCCCCCGUGUACCUGGGCGCCUGCUGACUGGUGACUGUCAGAAGAACAUCCACCUCUGGACACCUACUGAUGGCGGCUCCUGGCACGUGGACCAGCGGCCAUUUGCGGGUCACACACGCUCUGUGGAGGACCUGCAGUGGUCCCCAACUGAGGACACAGUUUUUGCCUCCUGCUCGGCUGAUGCCUCCAUUCGCAUCUGGGACAUCCGGGCAGCCCCCAGCAAGGCCUGCAUGCUUACCACCGCCACCGCCCAUGAUGGGGAUGUCAACGUCAUCAGCUGGAGCCGCCGGGAACCCUUCCUGCUCAGCGGUGGGGACGACGGGGCCCUCAAGAUCUGGGACCUGCGGCAGUUCAAGUCCGGCUCCCCAGUGGCCACCUUCAAACAGCACGUGGCCCCCGUGACCUCCGUCGAGUGGCACCCGCGGGACAGCGGGGUCUUCGCAGCCUCUGGUGCAGAUAACCAGAUCACACAGUGGGACCUGGCCGUGGAGCGGGACCCCGAGGCGGGCGACGCGGAGGCCGAGCCCGGGCUGGCGGACCUCCCGCAGCAGCUGCUGUUCGUGCACCAGGGCGAGACGGACCUCAAGGAGCUGCACUGGCACCCGCAGUGCCCCGGCGUGCUGGUCAGCACCGCGCUGUCCGGCUUCACCGUCUUCCGCACCAUCAGCGUCUGAGACGGCCGACCGGGCCGGCGGCGUCCGGUCUGGCCUCGCGCGUGGGGACCGAGGUCUGAGUCGGCUCCCCGAGGGGACUCGUUCAGAUCUCGGCAGCUCUGAGCGCCACCGGGCCCUCUCCAGAGGACUUCGCUCGGCCCACUGGCCGCCGUGAUGGACUGUCUGACUGACUGCCCUUUGAAGGGACUUGGUUGGGUCCCAUGUGCCCCCCACCAGCCAGAGGACUCUGUUGGCUCAUUUCCCAGGUGGGCCUGGUGUGGCUCGUGUUACUGUGGCUACUUUGCCACCUGUGGCACUUGGCUUGACCCUUUGAUCUCUCUGCCUCAGGACCCAGUUCCGGCCUUCUGUCUCCCCCAGGCAACGCAAGUGCAUUACAAUGGGGUGGGUUCCCCCAGCAGAAUUGGACUUGGCCUCUGGUCUUCCUGCCAGCUGGGCCUAGCCAGGACUUCCCAGCAGGGAGCUGCAUGGGCCUGCUCCCCUUCCCCCCAUGCUGAAAGCAGGCGCUGGGGUUGGGGGAGGAAAGUCGGGGGCUCCUGAGAGGCACUAAAGACCGGGACAGGCCUUGA